AUGACCAGCGCCGCCCAGCGCCUCUUCGCGCGCCUCACCUCCCCCUCGUUCGACAUCCUCGCCGGCGUUGCGCCGCCCGCUCCCACUCCCUGCGUGCACGAGUCCGAUGCUACUGACCAAUCCAUCCCUCCCGCGACCUCCUCGUCCCGACGUUCCUUCCUCGACCUCCCGACCGAACUCCUCGAGCGCAUCGUCGAGAUGGCGUGGCCGAAUAUGAGCGGGCAUGCGACUGUCAUUGCUCCCUGUCGUCGACUGCAACCCGUGUACGAUCGCCUAUCGUACAGGUCGAUUUCGGCCGACGUUCUCCAGCUGCCGUACUGGUCCGACAAGAUCCGUUGGGCGCCGGCCCUCCUCAACUACGUUCGCGAGUUCAACGUCAAGACCCAUUAUUCGCUAGACCGCAGAGGCCACGAAACAGCGUGCCCAUCCGAACGAUACUAUUUCGCCCUUUUGUGCCGCCGCAUGCGCCAGCUUGAGAUCCUUGACAUCUCCUCCGCAUUCGACGAGGGACUGGACGCGAUCUUGUACGACGAGGUCGCCGAUUCCGCCUUCCUUCCGAAUCUCAAGGAACUCGGGCUCCUCUACAACCCCUUCAAAGCCGCGGAACCCCUGCGCAGUCAAUACUUGGAGGCUCUGGACCAAUACGACGAUCUGGAGCGCCUUGUGCUUCGCCCAAAUAUGCCGCGGGUCAAGGCUGGCGUCCACGAAUCCACCGUUCACGAAGCAACGACCUCUCCACCCGUCGCCAUCUCCGCCCUCGAACUCCCCCGCCGCCUCACAUCCAUCACCCUCAUGCUCAAAUCGGACGACACUUCAGCCUCGGGUGUUCCCGCUUGGGUUUUUGAACUCUUCGGCAACAUGUCCAACCUCAGCGAACUGAACCUCACCCGAGUACCAAGCGUGACGAUCCUCCUCCGCCUCCUGUCCACCUUGCUGGGACCUUCUCACCUACGUCUCCUCGACAUCUCGUUCGCACUCUCAGAAGACGAAGACCCCUCCUUUACCGUUUCUCACCCAUCGUACGGAGAGCGGGCGGUAUGCGCGCCUUUUCUUCGCCUCCUCCCAGGGCUCCAGACCCUCGUCAUCGACAACACGUCCUCUCUCCUGAACCGGGCAUCGCUGCAGAUUCUUCGGGAACGUCCUCCUUUACAUCGCAUCCACUUCAACGAGCUAGACGACGCCCCGGCAGACCCCCCUAUCGACUUCUUGCACGCCCUGCAGGUGUUGGGUCCUCACGUACCUCACGAAGUGGUCGUCGAAGAUCCAUGCGAGCACGAGCGGUGGUCAACAACUGUCGAUAAUGUCCGCUUCGGUCCAGUCUUUGCGGGAGAGGAAUUCCCGUCUAUGAACGAUGCCUUCAAUAACGGCUGGGACGACCCUCCCGAGGAUUGGAGCGAGCGCAUGGACGGUUGGCGCAAGCUUAUCGAGUACUGCGAGGUGACGCAGCUGAGGUUGACGGGAACCGUGCGGGACUCGGUCAAGUUUGCGCAGGAGUGGUAUCAGGAGACGCUGAAUUACUCCAAGCUACGGGCGGAUCAUGGGUUACGGAGGGGACUUUGGGGAGAAGGCGGUCCACUGAGCGUGACUCCCGAGGAGGAUGUAUACGAGGAGCUCCAUCAACUCCUGCGCAACCGCAGACAAACUCAUCUGGUGUAG